AGUGUUGUACUGGACGGCCAAGAACCUGGAUAAGCAAGCGAAGCUUCGUGACGAACUGCUCACGAUACUGCCGUCUAGGGAUUCCCCCCUGACCACGGAUAACAUGCACAACCUGACGUAUCUGAGGGCCUUCACUAAGAAGGCAGCCGAUCGUCCCGACCACAUCCCGAGCGCAAAAGAUGCGAAUCCGUUCAUCUUCUUGCCGUUUGGGUUCAGGGCACGAAGUUGCGUCGGGAAGCGGCUUGCCAUGAUGGAGAUGGAGAUACUAGUGUCCCGCCUUAUCCGCCAGUACCACGUCCGGUGGAACUAUGGCGAACUAAAGUUUAAGGCCAGCAUAGUGAACGUGCUGGCGACGGACCUGAAGUUUGAGCUGAAGGAUGUCAAAGAUUGA